CACUCCUUCACCAUGGGAAACAUGAAGGUGCAUCAGUUGGCACGUGGAUUCUGGGAGCACGAACCAUCCCUCUCCCUUGGCUGCAAGCGCUUACGCCCUCUUGCUCCUAAGCUGCAGGCCAACUCUACUGAUACCGUCUCCUCUUUCGACCUUAAGAGCUUCAUUAGACCCGAAAGCGGCCCUAGAAAAGUUGUCCCCUCUGACGAGAAGCGAGAUUCUCCUCAGGUGGAAACGCACCCAGGAGGUACGCGGUGGAAUCCAACGCAAGAGCAGAUAGGGAUUUUGGAGAUGCUGUAUAAAGGUGGGAUGCGAACCCCAAAUGCACAACAAAUAGAACAAAUCACAGCGCAGCUAGGAAAGUACGGCAAGAUCGAAGGCAAAAACGUUUUCUACUGGUUCCAAAACCACAAAGCACGCGAGAGACAAAAGCAGAAGCGAAACAGCCUUGGCCUUAGCCAUUGUCCGAGAAUCUCAGCUCCGAUUACUACCAUAACUUUGGAUACUAGGGUGGAACUAAUGGAAAGAGAGGAUGAUAGUCCAUAUAAGAGGAAGUGCAGAAGCUGGUCAUUUGAGUACUUGGAAGAAGAAAGCAGAUCGUCAUGUAAAGAGGAGGAAAACAGAACUCUGGAGCUAUUCCCAUUGCACCCGGAAAGCAGAUAAAAGGGUUUGAAAAAAAAAAGCGAAAAAACCUGCUAGAAAACCAAAACUCUGUUCCCAUUAUGAUCUGCUUUGAUGAUGAAGAUGAUGACGAUGUGCUAUAGCUUUUUCCUUUUUUUUUUCUUCUUUUGUUUCGGGAAAGAAGAAAGACAAAGUUGUCUUCUUGUACUCUACUGCUUAUUUAUUCCUGACUUAAAACCAAAGCGGGUUUGUGCCACUCUCUUUAUUCGAUCUCUCUCCACUGAUCAGCCGGUGAAUGAAUUGUUUUUGGGUGUGUGAUCCUUUUGACUAUAGGGGAGAAACUUGUUGAAAUGAAGCUUUUAGGUUAAAAGCAGUCACCCUAGGACACUGAAGUCCACGCACCUACUUCUAUCAUUUAUCACCUUAAGCCUGCCUACCGUCUUGAAUUCUUGGAUAUUUUAAUCAAGUUUUUUCAAAAUUGAAUAAGAAAUCUGUCCUCAUCCCCCUCGAUGCCAGAAACAAAAGUAGGUGGAUCGUGGGUAAAUCAAAAUGCAUGAUCUAUCAUUGUUAUGAUUCUGUUGCU